AUGUUUAACCGCGCAGUGAGUCGACUGAGCAGGAAGCGGCCGCCGUCAGACAUCCACGACAGUGAUGGGAGCUCCAGCAGCAGUCACCAGACCCCCAAGAGCACAGCCAAAUGGGCGUCUUCCCUGGAGAAUCUGCUUGAAGACCCAGAAGGCGUGAAAAGAUUUAGGGAAUUUUUAAAAAAGGAAUUCAGUGAAGAAAAUGUUUUAUUUUGGCUAGCAUGUGAAGAUUUUAAGAAAACACAAGAUAAAAAGCAGAUGCAGGAAAAGGCAAAGGAGAUCUACAUGACCUUUCUGUCCAGCAAGGCCUCGUCCCAAGUCAACGUUGAGGGCCAGUCCCGCCUCAAUGAGAAGAUCCUGGAGGAACCGCAUCCACUGAUGUUCCAGAAGCUCCAGGACCAGAUCUUCAACCUCAUGAAGUAUGACAGUUACAGCCGCUUCUUAAAGUCUGACUUGUUCUUAAAACACAAGCGGACCGAGGAAGAGGAUGAAGAAUCACCAGAUGCCCAGACUGCAGCUAAAAGAGCUUCGAGAAUUUAUAACACAUGA